AUGGUAGGUGCGAAAACAUUAUGGGAGCGUAGUGGUUUCUUCUACGGUAUAUCCUGUGCUUUGUGGUGCUUUGUGCAGAACAGUGCAAAAAUGACUGGUUCAGAUGUCUUCAUUAAGCUCAUGACCAACGACGGCAAGAUUUUGGAAAUUUCCAAGCAAGCAGCAGAUCGAUCGGGAACGCUCCUCGAAUUGCUCAGGAAUUGUCCAAUUGAUGAUGUGAAGAACAUGGAUCCAAUUGUGCUCACCGAGGUCGACGAAACCAUUGCCAAAAUGGUUAUCAAAUGGUGUGAGGAUCACAAGGAUCUUCCAAUUCUGACGGAUGACAAGUCAAUUACUCUCGAAGAAAUCAAGAACAUGGAAAAAGAGCUGCUGCAAGAUUUGGAUGGAAAUCAGCUUUGUGAUCUCUAUCAGGCUUCCAAUUGGAUGGAUGUUCGCUGCUUGCGUAAGAUGAUUUCAAAGAUUCUUGCUACAAUGAUCGCGGGGAAAAAAUACACUGAGAUUCGCACUCUCUGGCAACUCAAGGGUGAUUUUACAGCCAAGGAGGAAGCUAGACUCCGCAAGGUGGAUUCCUUUAAGUACUUGACCGAUUUAAUUACAAAGCACGAAGAAGCGACGGAAAACGUGGCGGCAAACCCGAGGAGGAUUCAAAUCUGUCGCUGUCAA